UAUUCCCAACCUUUUGGCUUAGGAAUUUUGCCCCAUUCCCUCUGCAUUCGCCGAGUACCAGUUUGAAGGCAAAAGACGAACAAGAGGAAGUCGAGACUAGAUUGCAAUCUGCGCAAGUAAACAGCAAUCAUCCCGGCGCCCACCCAAAGUGUCAAAGAAGCAACAGCAAACCAAGGAGAGGACGACCAACGUGUUGGGGAACUUGUUUGCUUCUCCGAUCCCAGUCGGUCGCAGGGCGGAUCAAGAGGGGCGAGGGGCGCAUACAUGGCGCCUGCAGCUUCGGAGGAGGAGGAGCAGGGAAAGGGGGAGGUAGAGAAGACAGCGCCUGCAGCUCCCGAGCAGCCGCCGCAGGUUCUAGAUUCCAAUGUAGACGAGAGGACGAAGAAGAUCGAGGACGCAUUAAGUUCGGUGAGGUCCUGCCAUGCAUGGUGGUCUGAGAUGCUGGGAGUAGCUGCUCGCGGGCGCCGUGUCUUGGGCGAUAACCUUGCGCUGCGCUGCUUGGACUUCCUGGAGAAGGAGCUGAGCUACAUUGUUGUGUGCUUGACUGCACUGACCCCGGAUUAUGUUGACGAGGAGAUGAUGGCGUGGCUGCAAAGGUUGAUUCGCACCGCAUCGGAAACUCGCUCCCGCUACCUCGACCAAGCCUCUAAGGGAUUUCGCCGUCAGCAUCGAUAUCAACAUUGGUUAAGGUCUGAAACUACACAAAUUCGUCGUCUUGCUGAAUAUCCCAGCAGUUAUAUGCAUCUUCUUGAAGCCGAGGGAGGUGGCCACCUCCCUGUGGACGUCCACUGGUUCGAACGAUCACAGUCUCCAUCUUAUGAUGACUAUGAGUUCCCUUAUGAGAUUCAAAAUCUGACGAUUUACAUGGUGAGCAUGUUUCCCCAUGGGUACAAGUUUCAGAGGGAUCAACUUCUCAUGAAAUGGUUGUGCGAUGCAGGCUUGUUGAAUUAUUCUAGUUCUAUUCUUACACAAGCAACAGCAGAGCAGUUCUUUUGCAAUCUGGUCAAUCUGAAUUUGAUCACUCGUGCAGAGGCAAACUCUAGACACAACAAUCCGGAUGAAGCCGAAGCCUGGUGGUGGAAUGUCAAUCACCUUCAGCACCAGUUCCUUGCCUCCAAAGCAGCAAAGAUGGGUUUUCUCUUCACCAGCGGCACGCUCAAUUUAUUAGUGGCAGCAUCAUCAGCAGACCAUGGCAACGAAACUGCUGGUAGGAUAGCACGGAGGCUAACCCUCCACCAAGAUGAUCCAAACAUCCCAUUUUUGCUUCAAAAAAUUGAUGUGACCCAGACUCGUUCGCUAGCAGUGUCUGGUACAGUCAGUGGAGUCUCCGCGGACAAGUUUGUCAAUCUGGUGGUGUUGGAUGUCGAAGGUUGGGAGAACUUUGGGGAUGAGGACCUACUGCGAGUAUGCAGAAGCAAAAUGUUCUUCCUGGAGUAUCUGAGCAUUAGGAACACAAGAGUCAGCAAGCUCCCGCCAGAGAUCAAGGAGCUGUGUAAUCUGAAGAUACUGGAUGCAGGUUACACACAGGUAACUGAGCUCCCGUUAGGAGUGUUUGUGGCAACAAGAUUGCAAAGACUGGACAUAAGAGGCACACCCAUAAGGCAGGUGACACUGCCAAAGCAAACUCUGGGGCUGCAGAACAGUUUGGUGGAACUUCUCCUUGGCGGUGGUGAAGGAAUGAUUAGUUCCGUUGAAGCAACAGCAACUGGAGUGCCACAUGAGAUACGGCGUUUCUCGAGUCUACACACUCUAGCCACUAUUGAUUUAAGUGAACAACCAGCUAGCUUUGUCAAGGCUCUAGGUGAUCUAUGCUUACUGAGGGUGCUUGCAAUAACAUGGUCCUUUCACCAGUCCUCUGACAGAGACUACUGUGAAGCAUUGCUUUCAUCCAUCAAACGGUGGUGCGACCUUGAGUCUCUGACCAUUCACUGUGGACUCGGCUGCUCCAUGGAGUUCCUGGGCUCCCUUUCUAAUAUGUCUUCGCCUCUUAAGACAUUCAAUGUGACAGUGGGAAAAUUUGCAGGUGUUCCCAAAUGGUUCGAUGGGCACAUGUAUCUCUCUUUCGUGCAAAUCACAGUCUGCAAACUUGGGGAUCGUGAUCUAGAGAUACUCAGAGGCUUACCUUGGCUUAAGUGCCUAAUACUGGGCUUGGACUUCAUUCCCAAAGAAGCUAUAGUGAUUAAAAAUGGAGGGUUCUCUAAGCUCCGGAGGUUCUCCAUCGACUGCCAAGUGCCAUGGCUCACUUUCGAAUCAGGAGCGAUGUCAAAUCUUACAUACCUUCAACUGAACCUCUUUGCUUGCCCAACGAACCCGAUAAGUGUUCCAUUGGGUAUCAGCAACCUCUUUAGCCUUACAGAGGUUGCACUGUGGUACAAUGUGAGGUACACCAACAGAUUCAGCGUCAAGAUAACUGUGGAGGCGGUGAGACAAGAAGUAGCUAAGCGUCGUAAAACAACCCAGAUAAUCGCCCUUUUCAUCAAUGGCAUUGAACAAGAUGUUCAAGUAGUUGAUGAGGAGACAUUGAAUACAACCAGAGUUCCAAGUGAAACCAAUGCUGGAGACGAAGAUGCCGUUCAAGCAGUUGAUGAGAUUACUGAACAAUAAAGUUGACCCAAAGCGAACGCUCAGUUCAUUAGACAAGACAUUACCGCAGGAAUGAUCGUCUGCCUUCUGGAGUGUCAUCAAUUGCCUAAGGAAAAAGACCCAAACAAGAGUUGCAGCCAGGAAAUCCGUACUGCAGGAUGGUUGCGUGUAUCUGCCAUCAACUCAUGCUGGACGAUGUACCCGUCGUUGUCUUAUUACCAGUUACCACUCCGUUCUUCUAGGACUUCCGUAUAGUGUGUCGGUUCCUGAAUGUACUCUGGCAUUUGUACUGUUGUUUGCAAUUCCAUGUACAUUGGUGUUUGUUAAAAGUUUCUGUUUGGAAAUCAGGAGCCAGCUGGAGUUUCUUUCUAUUCCUAUGGAAGUUGGGCUUCCACUCAGGACAGACUCAGAUGGAGUAUAGUUUGUGCGUUCUUCUUUCACUGUAUCAUGUGAAUUUGCAUGAUAAUGUAAGACUCUGCCAUGAUGUAAUAAUGCAAGAGACGGAGUUGUUUUC